GCUCGGCGCGUUGCAUAGCGAGCUCGCCACGCCAUACUUACCGUCCGCUCUUCCGUCUCUCGUAGCACUACCACUUUUACCCGGACAACAUGAGGGAAUGCAUCUCAGUCCACAUCGGGCAAGCCGGCGUGCAGAUCGGCAACGCCUGCUGGGAGCUGUACUGCCUCGAGCAUGGCAUCCAGCCGGACGGUCAGAUGCCGUCCGACAAGACCCUGGGCGGAGGAGAUGACUCGUUCAACACCUUCUUCAGUGAAACCGGUGCUGGCAAGCAUGUGCCGAGGGCUGUGUUUGUUGAUUUGGAACCUACUGUUGUCGACGAAGUCCGCACCGGCACCUACCGGCAGCUGUUUCAUCCAGAACAGCUUAUCACUGGCAAGGAGGACGCCGCCAACAACUACGCCAGAGGACACUACACCAUCGGCAAAGAAAUAGUCGAUGUGGUCCUUGACAGGCUUAGGAAGUUGGCUGACCAAUGCACGGGUCUUCAGGGUUUCCUGGUGUUCCACUCGUUCGGUGGCGGCACCGGCUCCGGUUUCACCUCGCUGCUGAUGGAGCGCCUUUCCGUCGACUACGGCAAGAAGUCCAAGCUGGAGUUCUCUAUCUACCCCGCACCUCAGGUGUCAACAGCAGUGGUCGAGCCGUACAACUCUAUCCUGACCACGCACACCACCCUUGAGCACUCGGACUGCGCUUUCAUGGUCGACAACGAGGCCAUCUACGACAUCUGCCGUCGCAACCUGGACAUCGAGCGCCCUACGUACACCAACCUUAACAGACUGAUCGGACAGAUCGUAUCCUCCAUCACAGCCUCCCUCCGCUUCGACGGAGCGCUCAACGUGGACCUGACGGAGUUCCAGACCAACCUGGUGCCGUACCCGCGCAUCCACUUCCCUCUGGCCACCUACGCUCCCGUCAUCUCGGCGGAGAAGGCGUACCAUGAACAGCUGACGGUUGCCGAGAUCACUAACGCUUGCUUCGAGCCUGCCAACCAGAUGGUAAAAUGCGACCCUCGCCACGGCAAGUACAUGGCGUGCUGCAUGCUGUACAGGGGAGACGUCGUGCCUAAAGACGUGAACGCGGCAAUCGCCACCAUCAAGACCAAGAGGACCAUCCAGUUUGUGGACUGGUGCCCCACAGGGUUCAAGGUGGGCAUCAACUACCAGCCGCCGACGGUGGUCCCUGGUGGUGACCUGGCGAAGGUGCAGCGCGCCGUGUGCAUGCUGUCCAACACCACCGCCAUCGCUGAAGCCUGGGCCCGACUUGACCACAAGUUCGACCUGAUGUACGCGAAGCGCGCGUUCGUGCACUGGUACGUGGGCGAGGGUAUGGAGGAGGGAGAGUUCUCGGAGGCGCGGGAGGACCUCGCCGCGCUCGAGAAAGACUAUGAGGAGGUCGGAGUGGACUCCACUGAGGGGGAACUCGAUGAGGAGAACGAGUAUUAG